GCUGGGGCCAGGGGGUGGAGGCUCAGGAAGCAGCAUCUGAGAGGGGUAGGGGCCAGGCAUAGGAGGCCAGGGGCGCAGAGAACAGACUCCCCUCAGAAGUGCAGAAGAGGAGAGCGGAAGGAACCGAGGGAGGGACAGACAGGAGCCUUAGGAGGAAAGAGAAGGGGGAGAGGGGUCAAGCCCAGCAGCCAAGGAGGAGGCGUGUGGCUGGGGGCUGCCAGCAGGAAGCCGGGGACAGGACUGGCCCAGUGUGCUAUCCCCUGGAUCAGCGGCAUACCCCAGGGCCCAGCAGAGGCGCCAGUGGUGUGAUCCCGCCAGGCCAGGAUGUGCCUCUGAGGGCCACAAGGAGCACCCCCGCCAUGGCCCCCAGCACCCUCUGGAGCUGCUAUCUCUGCUGCCUGCUGACUGCAGCCACAAAGGCUGCCAGCUACUCUCCUCGAGGUUACAGCCUCUAUACAGGGGGCGAUGGGGCCCUCAGCCCUGGGGGACCCCAGGCCCAGAGCGCUCCACGGCCUGCCAGCCGUCACAGGAACUGGUGUGCCUACGUGGUGACCCGGACAGUGAGCUGUGUCCUUGAAGAUGGAGUAGAGACCUUUGUCAAGCCUGACUAUCAGCCCUGCGGCUGGGGCCAGCCCCAGUGUCCCCGAAGCAUCAUGUACCGUAGCUUCCUCCGCCCUCGCUACCGUGUGGCCUACAAGACAGUGACAGAUAUGGAGUGGCGGUGCUGUCAGGGGUAUGGGGGCGAUGAUUGUGGGGAGGGUCCUGCUUCAGCUCUGGGCCCUGCACCAUCCACACCGCAUCCUCGGCCCCGGCCUGCCCGCCCCAACCUUUCUGGCUCCAGUGCGGGCAGCCACCUCAGUGGACUAGGGGGAGAAGGUCCUGGGGAGUCAGAGAAGGUGCAGCAGCUGGAGCAGCAGGUACAGAGCCUGACCAAGGAGCUGCAAGGUCUUCGGGGUAUCCUGCAGGGACUAAGUGGGCGCCUGGCAGAAGAUGUACAGCGGGCUGUAGAGACAGCCUUUAAUGGGAGACAGCAGCCAGCAGAUGCAGCUGCCCGUCCUGGUGUGCAUGAAACCCUCAAUGAGAUCCAGCACCAGCUGCAGCUCCUGGACAACCGUGUCUCCACCCAUGAUCAAGAGCUGGGCCACCUCAACAACCAUCAUGGUGGUGGCAGUGGUGGAGGUGGCCAGGCUCCGAUUCCAGCUCCAGCCCCUCCUAGUCCCAGUGAGGAGCUGCUGCGGCAGCUGGAGCGGCGGCUACAGGAAUCCUGCUCUGUGUGCCUGGCAGGACUGGACAGCUUCCGCCAGCAACAGCAAGAGGACAGGGAGCGGCUGCGAGCACUGGAGAAGUUAUUGGCCUCUGUGGAGGAGAGGCAACGGCAGCUCAUGGGACCUGUGGUGGGUGUGAGCCGCCAGCCCUCUCAGGAAUGCUGUCCUCCAGAGCUGGGCGGGCGACUGGCAGAGCUGGAGCGGAGGCUAGAUGUAGUGGCCGGCUCAGUGACAGUGCUGAGCGGGAGGAGAGGGACGGAACUGGGAGGAGCCACUGGACAAGGGGGCCACCCCCCAGGCUACACCAGCUUAGCUUCCCGCCUCUCUCACCUGGAGGACCGCUUCAACUCCACCCUGGGUCCAUCAGAGGAGCAGGAGGAAGGCUGGCCUGGGGGAUCAGGGGGACUGAUCCGUUGGCUGCCUGCUGCUCAGGGCCGGCUAGAGAAGCUGGAGGGGCUGCUGACCAACAUGAGUGGGGAGCUGGGUGGGCGCUUGGAUCUGUUGGAAGAGCAGGUGGCAGGGGCUGUGCAGGCCUGUGGGCAGCUCUGCUCUGGGGCUCCUAGGGAGCAGGACUCUCAGGUCAGUGAGAUCCUCAGGGCCUUGGAGCACAGAAUGCAGGACAAUGAGGGCCAGCUGCGGCUGGUGGGCUCAGGCCUGCACAAGGUGGGAGCAGCAGGGGAGACCCAGCAAGUCAUGCUGGAGGGAUUGCAAGGGGUUGUGGGCCAGCUCCAGGAGCGCAUGGAUGCACAGGAGGAGGCAGUUGCAGAGCUUACGCUGCGGCUGAAUCUCACAGCAUCACAGCUAGGCCAGUUGGAGGAUCUGCUGCAGGCCCGUGGGGUUGAGGGCUGUGGGGCCUGUGGCGGUGUCCAAGAGGAGCUGGGUCGCCUUCGGGAUGGCGUUGAGCGCUGCUCCUGCCCCCUGUUACCUCCACGGGGCCCGGGGGCUGGUCCAGGUGUUGGGGGACCAAGCCGUGGUCCCCUAGAUGGCUUCAGCGUGUUUGGGGGCAGCUCAGGCUCAGCCCUUCAGGCCCUCCAAGGAGAGCUUUCUGAGGUCAUUCUCACCUUCAGCUCUCUCAAUGACUCACUACAUGAGCUUCAGACGACUGUGGAGGGCCAGGGUGCUGAUCUGGCUGACCUGGGGGCUACAAAGGACAGCAUCAUCUCUGAGAUUAACAGGCUGCAGCAGGAGGCCACAGAGCACGUUACAGAGAGUGAGGAGCGCUUCCGAGGCCUGGAGGAGGGACAGGCACAGGCUGGCCAAUGCCCUAGCUUGGAAGGUCGAUUGGGCCGUCUUGAGGGAGUCUGUGAGCGGCUGGACACUGUAGCUGGGGGAUUGCAGGGCCUACGAGAGGGCCUUUCCAGACAUGUGGCUGGGCUCUGGGCUGGGUUACGGGAAACUAACAGCACGAGCCUGACCCAGGCAGCCCUGCUAGAAAAGCUGCUAGGGGGGCAGGCAGGCCUAGGAAGACGGCUUGGUGCCCUCAACAGCUCUCUGCUGGUCCUGGAAGACCGUCUGCAGCAGCUCAGCCAGAGGGACCUCACUGGGCCUUCCGGUGAGGCUGGGCCCCCAGGCCCUCCUGGGGCACAGGGGCCCCCAGGCCCUGCUGGACCUCCCGGACCUCCAGGCAAGGAUGGACAAAAAGGGCCCAUUGGACCACCAGGUCCCCAAGGUGAACAGGGAGUGGAGGGGGCACCAGCAGUCUCUGUGCCCCGGGUGGCAUUUUCAGCUGCCCUGAGUUUGCCCAGAUCAGAACCAGGCACAAUCCCCUUCGACAGAGUCCUGCUCAAUGAUGGAGGCUACUAUGACCCAGAGACAGGUGUGUUCACCGCGCCACUGGCGGGACGCUACUUGCUGAGCGCAGUGCUGACCGGGCACCGGCACGAGAAAGUGGAGGCGGUGCUGUCCCGCUCCAACCUGGGUGUGGCCCGCAUAGACUCCGGGGGUUACGAGCCCGAGGGCCUGGAGAAUAAGCCGGUGGCCGAGAGCCAGCCUAGCCCGGGCGCUCUGGGAGUCUUCAGCCUCAUCCUGCCGCUGCAGGCCGGGGACACGGUCUGCAUCGACCUGGUCAUGGGGCAGCUGGCGCACUCGGAGGAGCCGCUCACAAUCUUCAGCGGAGCCCUGCUGUACGGGGACCUGGAACAGGCGUAGACCGACCCGCCGCCCCAGCCCAACUGUCUGCGCGGGCCACACUGCCAGCGCGGGCGGCUCCCGCCUGGGCCGGGGCGCAGUCUGGACACCGGCCCCGCCGCGAUACCGGCGCCCAGAGCGGCCGCUCCCCGCGCGGGAGCACGCCGGCUCCGGGACUUCAGCGUCUCCGCCUCCAGCCUUUUGGCGGGACAGUCGUCCCGUCCGGAACCCCUUCCAGGACCCAGAAUGCGGAGCAGGAGCCGGUCCUCGCACCCUUUGCCCCCUCACCGGC